GCAAGAUAAAGGUGGGCGUGCAGACGAAGGACCAGAUCGAAGCGUGGGUGGAGCUCCGAAAGUAUCCAGUCAUCGGCGGAGGAGGAGAUCGCUGCGUUCAUUCUCCAAGCUGCCACUCAAGUGACAAGGCCAGCUCCAGCCCAUUCUGCUGACAAACAAUUAUCCAUGGACAGCGCGUUGCUUCCGCGCAGUAACUCGGCCGAUGAGGAGACGAUCUCCAUUGUGGCGUACGGAACGGAGCCACCACACCCUGAAGUUCCCCGAUCGGCGAGCGAUAACCGGAAUUCGUGGAGAGGUUCCCCUUCCAACAUCCAGACAAACUACCAGCCUCCUGACUGGGCCUCGGACGAUGGUGCGGUCGUUGACGGCAGUGCCAGACGCAUCGCUGUCAAUUCAGGGACUGAUACGAACACCAGUGCAGACUCGGCGUCGACAUCAACUCCACCUCUUCCUGGUGGCAACAGCUUCCGGAGUAACUCGAGCGCAAAACCGGAUCCGACAGCAUCCACAAAGUCACCGGAGGUGGCAACAACGCCACCAACAAACGCGACCAUGCGCCCACUGACGCUCUACGGCAAGGACAUCCUCCACAUUUUCCCCUUUGGCUCGACAGCGCACGACCCCGUAAAAUGGUCGGAUACCCUCGGAGCUGUCGAUACCGAGGACGACUACUCAAUUCGAGACCCGCACUUCGACCUCACCAACGGAAAAAUCAUCAAGCUCUUCUCACUGUCCAACCCCAACGAGCAGGGAAUGCUGUCAUACGAAGGUUUCCGCUGCGGUCUGGAGGCUAUGGGCAUCGCUUGUGACAGUGAUCGGCAGUUCCAGGCGUUCGUGGAUGUGGUGGACGAGAACAAAAGCGGCGACAUCUCGUACGAAGAGUUUCUGUGCGCCAUCCAGGAGAUCAAGCUCGCUCAGCUGUUCAACGACCCGUUCAUCAGCACGAUGCCGACUCUGCAGGCGAGUCCGAAGUCGCCUGUAUCGCUCGGCUCGAUCGAGUACUCGCCGGACCGCAUUCGAAGCGUCUGCCCGAUCAACCAGGUCAAGAGCUUCAUCUACUCGAGCAAACCGAACUGGGCUGCGGUUCGCUGGAUCAACGUGAAAGGGAUUAACACGCUGUUGAUUCGCCGCCUCUCCGUCCGCUAUCGACUGCACCCGCUCGCGAUCGAAGACACACUGGGGCCGGACGUUAAGCGGCCGAAGUACGUGAAAUUCGACGAGCAUUCGUUCCUCAUCCUCCAGACGCUGCACCCGCGCAACAUGGCGCUCGUCAAGAGCUACCAGCAAAUGUUCCGCGCCUCGCAGUUCGUGUUGCCGGAGGACGACGAUCCCUUCGAUAAAAUGAGCGCCGGCGAGCUCGAGUUGCGACUGAAAGAGCUAAACGUUGGACACGUCAUGUCUCCACCGCAGCAGCUCAGUCUGUACGUCAUGGAGGGGGUUCUCAUCAGCGUUCAGGGGGAGAAUACGCUCUGGUCGGCUCUAAAGCGACGGCUGCAUGUGUCGUACUCCAAGGUCCGUCAGCACAGCACAGCGUUCCUCAUGUACACGAUCAUGGACGUGUGCGUGAACGAGCUAUCACCAAUCUCCCAGACGUUUGGUGCUAAGUUACUCAUGCUCGAGCGCCUGAUGAUGCUGCAACCGCGAUAUUUCGACUUGGGUCGCAUCGCCGCCUGCUCCAAGCAAAUCAAGGGGCUUCAGGUGCACUGCCGACCGAUGCGUGAAGUUAUCUCGAAGCUCAUUUCGUCUGACGACUAUCAAGGCGAGACGCUGCAGUACUUUGCUGACGUCCAGGAACACCUGACGACCAUCGAGGAGGAGUGCGAACGCAACCUCGACCGCUGCAACGGCCUCGUGGACGAGUUCAACAACGCGCGCGCCUCGCAGCAGAACGACGUGAGCUACAUCUUGGCGCUCAUCGCCGCGAUCUUCCUGCCGGCGCAGUUCCUCACGGGUGUCUACGGCAUGAACUUCCCGUACAUCCCCGAGCAAACGUACUACUACGGUUAUUUCAUCUGGUGGGCGAUCAUGCUGGUCGUCGCGGGGCUCAUCGUACUGUUUUUCAAGUACAAAAGGUGGCUGUAA